CGGCGAUCUGCAGCACGAGGUUGACGUGGUCUACUAACUCGUACAGCUUCACACUAACAGCACGGUUGAGCGUUUUAAAAGAUAGCCAGGAAGUCACUACCUCCAGAUGUCUAAUAUGGAGAAUAUAGCUCACCAGGGACCUCAAUAUGUGAAUUACAAAUGUGAAGAGGUCAUUUCAGAAGAAGUGUGUAAUGGCUGGCAGGAGACCAAUCCCACUCUGCACUGGGGCCUCCUUUUGAUGAAUGGCAUAGAAGUUGAUGAAGAGCACUGUAUAUGGAGGUCUGGACAUCUUGAACAGGAGAGUGUCUGUAUGAAGAAGGAGGAGGAUUGUGAUAGUGGACCGAUGGACCUUACAGUAGACCCUGCAGUAAUGUAUUACUUCAGUGAUGCACAGAAAAUCAAAACUGAAAACAGUGUGAAGGUAGAAGACCUCAGGGGCGAGUAUGACUUUCAGUGUUUCUCUCCAGAGGAAAAGGAUCCUGGAUUAGGUCUCACUCAGAGUGGAUACUGCUCCCUACAGCAUCAUUCUGUCCAUGUGAAGCCAGAAUCUGAUGGGAAGAGGACUGAUGAAGCAUCAGGUUCAAAUCCUUCAGGAGAAGAUUUACAAGACAAUGGAAGCUUCUUCUUAUCCUUAUUGGCUCAGACGUCACUUCCAUGCAGAUCCCAGCAGAAAAUGAACAAUGGAAAUAUGACGAAAGUGACAUCUGGAUUAGAGAGUGUGACACCAGCCUCUUUACAGGAGGAUCCUCUGCUGACUAUGAAACCAAUCACCAGUAAACCUCAAAUGCACUUUUCAAACUCUGCCACUGUCCCACCCAUGAAAAGUUUAAAAAGCACAUUUCAAUCCAGGGGUGGUAAUCUAACUCAAACACAACCAAAAGUGUAUCAGUGUUCUGAAUGUGACAAACAAUUCCCAGGAAUGGGCACACUUCAGAUCCAUACAAGAUUUCACACUUUAGUGAAGCCAUAUUGCUGUUCAGAAUGUGGAAAACGUUUUUUCUGGCUUAGCAGCCUUCAAAUCCACAGUCGAAUUCACACAGAAGAGAAGUCAUAUUGCUGUUCAGAAUGUGGAAAAAAAGUAUUUGCCUCCAGUACCCACCUUGAGAUUCACAGAAGAGUUCACACAGAAUUUUUUCCAUGUUGUUGUUGUGACUGUGGAAAGCUAUAUUCACAAAAGGGUGCUCUUCCGAUCCACACAACAGGUAAUUCUGCAGAGAAGCCAUAUUGCUGUUCAGAAUAUGGAAGAUUUAAAUGGUUUAAUAACCUUAAGGCUCACAAAAGAAUUCACAACGUAGAGAAGCCAUAUUGCUGUUCAGAAUGUGGAAGAAGAUUUACCCAAUUAAACAAUCUUGAGAACCACAAAAGAAUUCACAAUGUAGAGAAGCCAUAUGUUUGUCCUGAAUGUGACAAACGAUUCAUCAGUGCAACAAAUCUUCGCAUCCACAGAACAAUUCACACUAAAGAGACGCUACAUUAUUCUUCUGGACAUAGAAAAUGACACACCCUUCAUUACAACAGAAGAACUCACACGGGACAGAUGAACUACUAAUAAACUGCUGAUAAAGAGUACAUCUGUAAAAAUAACAGGAUCUUCGGGAGUUAAUUAAAAGUAUGCAAUAAAAGCCAAGCUCCUAAUUUUCUGUAAGCUUUUCUAAGACUGUUUGUAUCCAGACUUUGCUAUGUAUUUUAUUUUCUAUUAUGCUUUCUUCUAUUUGGUUCUGUUAUACAUUAAGAAAUGCCAUGUUGCUUUUACAUUGUAUAUACUUUGCUUUAAUCAGGAAUGAUUGAAAUAAUAAGUGGGUACCAAGCAUGGCGAAGAUUGUUACUUUCUUAUGCACAGAGGUCAUUAAGGCUUCAAUAAUUAGAACACCUUUGCUAAAAGUAAGACAUUCUUUGGUUGGUAAGUGGCACAUGACCAAAAGAGUUUCUGUGUGAUGCUGUUUGUUACUGCUGGUGAUAGUGAAUCCCUAUAUAAAGAAUCUUAUGCAGAAUAUUGUGGAGUGGCUUUUAUCUGGACAGGAUUGCUAUGCGUGUGUGUUUUUGUGUGUUAGAAAAGGACAUUCAGUCUUCAAGGGUAGGAGUAGAUG